AUGAAGCCUGACCCUAAUAUCGAAUGGGAGUCUGCCUAUUUGUACAAUGCCACGGCAAUAGUAGUCGAUACCUACGUUUUUAUGCUUUAUCGCGCCCAGAAUCGUGCCAAGGUAUCUUCAAUAGGCAUAGCUUGGUCGAUUGAUGGGGUUAGUUUUUGUAAACAUAAAAACCCCAUAUUAACGGCAACGGAGAUUUACGAGCAAGGUGGGGGAGUUGAAGAUCCUAGAAUUGUGCGUGAUCCCAUACUGAAAUUGUUCAUUGUGACGUAUACUGCUUACGAUUUGAAGACUGCUCGUUUAUGUGUUGGUACUAGUGAAGAUCUUUUCCAUUGGCGGAAAUAUGGACCCAUUGUACCGCUGAUAUGGAAUGAUAUUGCCAUCACCAGCAACGGAGACAGAAUUAUUCGCAGCAAUUGGUCCAAAUCUGGUGCUAUAUUCAACGAGAAAAACAAGGAUGGAAAGUACUACAUGAUAUGGGGUGACUCGCAAUUACAUCUUGCAGAAUCCCAGGAUCUAAAGCACUGGAAGGUAACCAGUGACUCCAUAAAUACAAAUACUUGGGCAAAACAAAUUUUCCAUCGAGAAAACAAGUUGAUUGAAAGUGGACCUGCGCCAAUAAAAAUGGCCGGCGCUGAGAAUAAAUGGAUUUUCUUUUACAAUGCAGCUACAACAGGCGGCAAAGAUUUGCCAAAGGAUACAUACACAGUGAACGAAAUGCUUAUUGACUAUGAUGACUUAAAACUGGGACCGUUGGCUAGACUAGAGAGACCGAUUCUAAAGCCAGAGCUAGCUAACGAACUCAAAGGUCAAGUAAACCACGUUGUGUUUUGUGAAGGAAUCGUACAAUUCAAAAAUCAAUGGUUCUUAUAUUACGGCCAAGGAGACUCAGAAUUGGGCGUUGCCAUGGCGCCUGUAACGUGA